AAUUUUGCUGCUCCUGAAAAUGUCGUCGCACAAGCUCCUGAAGGUAGCACCAUCCGACAAAGAUGACUACCUCAUCUGUCCGUUUGCCGAAGCUCAUUCCAUUUUGCGCAGUCGCAUGGCCGUACACUUGGUCCGCUGCGCCCCCAAUCAUCAUGGCUCCAAGAAAGUCCGCUGUCCGUUCAACAUCACCCAUAUUUUGACCAUAACUGAGAUGAAGAUUCAUGUCGAGGAGUGUCCAGAUCGCUCUUCAUUCGCGGAAUUCGUGAAUCCGGAUAAACUGAGCGCGCCUGAGGCGCUCCCUCACGAGAAAAAGGAGCCAAUCGAGUCCAGUGAGAAUUGGGACGACGAGCCGGCGGUGGCCACUUACGAUCCUAUUGCUUAUUGCAACAAAAAAUUUCUAAUUCGUAAUCCCCAGGGCAAUCCGCCAGCAGUGCGACGCGAAAUACGCCAUAACGAACGUAUGCGCUUUAACGAACAUAAGAGACGCGAAGAAAUGUUUAAGAAAAAUAAAUAGUCGCAUUAUAU